GAAAAACUACUCCCACUACAACGAGUUGUUCUCAGACGACGUUCGCUUACACGACUGCUUGCAGAGGCUGUGCUGCUGUUGCAGCUGCAUCCACAUCACACAACGUAACAACAGCAGCAGCUUCGGCUGCUGCCACUGUUAAUAGUGCUACUGAUACUGCUGCCGCUGCUAGUGCUGGUGCUGGUGCCUAUAAUAAUCGCCCUGUGUGCACGGACAAUAAUAUGAGGAGUGGCAGUUCGGAAUUACUACUCGAGCAGCAACAACAAGAGUUACGGUUACGUAAAUUACGAGAACUGGCUCCAAAAAAGAAAAAUGGAAAUCGGCGCUAUCGUUCGUGGCGCGAACGUGCCAGUUUUUAUGGUACCUCCACUCUUGCCUUCUUUUCGGUGACCGCCGGUGCAUCUCUAUUGUUCCUCGUUCCCCUCUACGUCGAUCCGGCGAUAUCAACCCUAAGUCACGACUUUAUCGAUUCCCCCACAUUGUGCACGACUACGCGACGCGAAGAUCUUGUCGGCAUUUUCAAUUGUUCGUGGAGCUCAUGUCGCGAGGGCUGCACCUCCGAUCUAUACAAGUGUGUUCAUAUCUAUGUGACGUUUAUCGAAGAAAACAUAACGAUACCAGAAAACAUGACCGACUACACGAACUACACGGCCGAUUGGACGCAAUCGGAGGAGGCCACCCUCCUAGUGAAUAUCAAAGGGUGCGGCUAUCCGCCCACGGUCACGUGUAAAACAUUCAAUGCCUUUUACGGUGUCGAGGGUGCCAUCUAUCCGUGCUAUUAUUCGCGUAAAAACAAAACGGUCGUCCUCACGUCCUACAAUCACGACGAUCAGGUCAACUAUAUAAUACAUUUUUUUGCAGUGCCAUUUGUGAUAACACUGAUCUCAUCGAUAGCUUUGUGUAUUUGGCACUGUGACUGCCGUUGUAAAAAGGAUCGAAGCCAUCGACGCAAUCGGCCACAGUGUCGAAGGCCACGCAUAGAAAAUCUAAGGUAUCAUGAUGAUGUUUCUACUCCUGCUGCUGCUCCUUAUCCAGCACCAGCUCCUACUACCAUUGCUACUCCUACUGCUGCUGAUGAUGACGACGAUGUCGCUGUGUUGUCGUUUUGCUAA